AUGGUCAUCAAACGUCCAGAGUCCGCGCCAGUGGAUGUAUCCGUUUUGGGGGAACAGCUUCAUUUCAAAACUUCUGGGCGAUAUGCCAAAAAUCGAUUCUUAAAGGUAAAAAAAAUUUUUUUUAAUCUCAUACAGUAAAUCAGAGCAAAUUAAAACGAAAGUUUUAGGCUGCACUCUCCGAGUCUCAAGCCACUUUUGAGCCGAAGGAUCCCAAGAAAAAUGGCUUGACCACUCCGGUUUUGUUGAAUUUGUAUCAAAAAUGGGGCCGAGGAGGAUUUGGAGUGGUCUUGACGGGAAAUCUUGUGAUAGAUCAUAAUCAUCUGGAAACUGCCGGAAACCAAAUCGUCAGUAAAGAGACUUGGAGCGAGGAGAGGGAGAGAGUAUUAAAGUAUGUUAUUUUAUACCAUAAAAUUUGGAGAUUAACCAAUUUCUUCUUUGCACAAUACUACAGGGUGUUUCAAGAAAUUCCCCGGAAAGCAAACGUCGAUUUCUCGGCGCUCAGCCACGAUAUCCAAAAAAUUUUUUUUGCAGUAGAAAGAAGGUUAUGGGCGGUUUUUUGCCUAAAAAGAUUUUUUCUUCGCCUACGCGGAAUGCAGUGCAUUCGGCGAAGACUUUUGACCGCUUUUUUGACCAUCACACUUAUCUAAAACGCUUUACUGUGACACUGCAGCAUCCGGAAAGUCUUCAGAUUUUUUGCACAAUGGAUCGGGAGGCAGGGUAUAACGCUAUGCGAUCCCAUUUAGCGACUGCACAGUGCAAUGCAGUCGCUGCAAUAUCGAUAAAGUCGAGCCCACCGCGUGAAUGUUUGAAACGGCAGGGCAAAGAGAAAUUGAAACAAAAAUUUUUUUGUUGUUUUCUGGUGCACCAAGUUGUUCCGUGAUGGCUAGACAUCUGCCGAGGCUUGACCACAAAAUUUUGUAGGGUAUACGAUACCCGCAGAAAAUAGUUGCCAGACAAUAAAAAUUGUGUUUUACCAUUUCUGGUCCGUAUCUGAGUUAAGAUAUGGCGAGCGGCUGCCAUACCUUUGCCGAACGCUUGAUAAGCACAAAAAUCAGUAAAUUAUCCGCAUUUCAGCCAUCAGAAACCACAAAAAAGCGUUUAAGAUGUAUGUGAUGACCAAAAAAGCGAUCUAAAGUCUUUGCCGAAUACACUGCAUUCCGCGUCGGCGUAGAAAAAAAUCUUUUUAGGCAAAAAACCGCCCAUAACCUUCUUUCUACUGCAAAAAAAAUUUUUUGGAUAUCGUGACUGAGCGCCGAGAAAUCGACGAUUGCUUUCCGGGGAAUUUCUUGAAACACCCUGUAUAAUUGUUUGCUUCAGGCAAUUAGCGUCCAAUAUCAAGCAAGAAGGAACCUUGGCCAUUCCUCAGAUCAGCCAUGCUGGUCGACAAACCCCUGAAUUAAUCAAUCCAACACCCUUUGCCCCAUCAGCCGUCCAACUAGUUGCUGGCAAAGGCGGCAACACUUAUGGCCUUCCGAUUGCGUUAAGCUUGGAACAAAUCCAAACUGAAGUCAUCGACCGUUUCGUAUUUACCGCUGAGAAGUUACAUCAAGCCGGAUUUGAUGGAGUCGAACUUCACGGAGCCCACGGAUACCUUCUGGCUUCAUUCAUUUCUCCUUCUAUGAACUUGAGGACGGAUAAGUAUGGAGGAAGUGCGGAGAAAAGAGCUCAGAUCUUGGUCGAUGUUUAUAAUGCAAUCAGGUAAAUGUAAUUUUAAUUUAAAACGCUUUUUUAUAAGUUUUCUAGCCCCACCAGUUAAAUUUUUUAUUUGUAGAGCCAAGAUCCCUGCUUCCACUGGAUUUAUAAUCGGAAUCAAACUCAACUCCGUAGAAUUCCAAAAUCACGGCCUGGGAAUUGAAGAUGCUAUCACGACCGCCAAGAUUGUUGAGGUAAGCGGAGUUUCCUUGAAAACUUUGUUCCCCGUCUAACCGUCUCUCAUUCCAUCAAUAAACUUUUAGGCAACCGGCUUUGACUUUAUCGAAUACUCCGGUGGUAACUACGAGAGUUGGCAGAUGGAUGUCACCGAAUCCACCAAGAAGAGAGAAGCCUUCUUUAUCAAAUUCGCUGAAGCUAUCAAGCCUCACCUCAAGAAGACUGUAGUCUAUGUAACUGGUGGCUUCCGAACAGCUCCAGCGAUGGUUAAAGCCAUCAAAGAGGGCUCAACUGAUGGAAUUGGCCUUGGUCGUCCUAUAACGGCCGAACCCGACCUGCCGAAGAAGAUUUUGUCUGGCCAAGUUUUGGCCGCUCCUUACAAUCCCAAGGACGGCGAUUUCUUCCAAAGUCAUGUAAUCUCAACUUCGCAAAUGCUUGAAGCCGGCCAACUACCAUAUUCCGAAUGCCAUGGAGAUGUUUGCUAUGGCAUUUUUGAUUCAAGCAAUGAAAAAGAACUCGAAAAUUUCUAUCAAGAAUUCUUGCCCUACCACAAGGAGAAGAUCAGAAAGUUGUUGGAAGAGAAUAUCCCAACUCAAGGCGCGUUUCUUUAUAAACCAAAGUAUGAAGGUGCUAAAUUGUGAAGAAUUCUUGUAUAACAGAUCUAAAAGUAGCCGUUUCAAAUUCUUAAUCAAUGAUCCUCAUUAGUCAUGUAAUGUAUAUUUUUCAAUACAAUAAAACGUACCGACGUUUACUGAUUUCGAUGUUUCUUGCAGCAUUGGUUCAGGUUUAUGUGUUAGCAUAAAUGAGCGGGGUUGAUUUUGUAUGUAGACAGCUUAUCUGAUCUUUAGAAUGUGGGUUCCCCCGGUUCAUCUGGGCUGGCCCUGUUGGUGGUCACAGGAGUUGAUGCACGUGGGGUGUUGGUGGAGUUGGCUGGUAAUCCAUUCGUCCAGGCACAUCUGGUGGAAUAGAUGGCCGCAGUAUGUGCGCAUUACUGGCCAACUGUCUCCGGUGAGGCAAUGGUCCUCUUGCACUCUGGAGUACUGGGCUCAUGGACGUCCCAGAAGUCAUAGGAGCGGGACCCUCGGGCGCAUAGAGAAGUGCGAUGUCAUCCUUGGAAGUGGAGACACGUUUUGCGGCUGGGUCAUCAGAAAAAGUCGUGUCGGCGCAGGCAAUUUGCGCACCGGUCGCCAAAAAGCUGGCGGCGGACCGUGCGAUCUACAGCUACUGUGCAGUCCAGCAGAUUAUGGUCGGGCGAGUUGCAGUAUGCGCAAGGCCGCCUUCCAAUUAUUCUUCUACCUGGUGGAGAUGGAGGUGGUGGUUGAGUGUUGGGCUAAAUUCAACAGGAGACUGAUUUUAAUAUAUUUAUUACAGCAUUGCUAUAGCGUAAAUGGGCGGGAUUAG